GUUAUGUCGUAACCAGAGGGCGGGGCUUAGUGUUCAAGUCGUAGAAGGUAUUAGCGUGAAUCCUGUCAACAAACUCACAGAGUGUGAUUAUUUACAUGUAACAAAUGGACAUUUCAUGACAGAGGCACGUGUCUGUUCAGGGGAAGCGGUGAGAUUUUUCUUCUAGUCUAAAACUGUAUUUGAAGUGUUGCAAAUGUGAACGUUACAUGAAGUAGACGUUUUGUUUAGCUAACAAGGCAACGCAAAUGCGCUAACGCCAGCUUCUUGAUAAACGACAGGUCGUUUAAAGGCCUGAUGGAUAGGCGACUACCGAUUACGGCAACAUAAUAGCAUUUCAACUUGAUGUUGUGAUGACUCUAGAUAUUUAGCGAAACUGAAUUGUAAAAUUGACUGCUGCAGAGCUAACUGUAGCUAGUUAGCUAACCAACUCGCAUUGUUUAUGUUUACUAACGGGGAUCAAUCAACCGUCUGUGUAGGGAAAACGUGUGCCCAGUUCACACGGGGUGAUGUAUACUUCUUUAAAACUUUUUAAAAGAAUGACAAUACGACUGAGGGGUUCAAUGGUAUGCUCCCCACCUUGUCUGAUUAAAUGUACCUCCAUUACCUGUAUCAGCUGAUCAUGAAACAGCAUGAAAUCAUCGUGUGCUCACGGUGAGUGUCCUACCUGUACCUCCUUCACUCCAUCAAUGCCCUUUCUUCACUUAUAUGCAGUUUUUUUGGAGAAUCACAGAAUAAAUGUCAUCUGACCUCUGACCCCUGGAAUCUCCAGCCCAGACCCUGGUUUUAUAUGUUCUGUGUUGAGGCCAUGUCUACUGCCAACAUCACCAGAGAUAUCCUGCAGAGGCAAAUCAGAGUGAGUAGAUACAUCUAGACCAUCUGCUUGUCAUUGGAAACAGUUCAAUAUGUGUUGAAAUUAUACUCACCUGAGAGGAACCAGACAACAUUUGUCACUGUGGCCGUUAAUGUCUAAAAGCCUAAAAGGGAGUUUCAUAUACAUCUGUAGGACAAAAGAGCGCCAGGAUUUCAACGGUCUUAUCAUGUGACAGACCCCUUCAUCAAAAGGCUUGGACUGGAAGCUGAGCUUCAGGUCAGUGACUGCAAGCUUGUGUCGGCUUAUAGAUGAAAAAGAGGGAAAUAAUAAAAACGUUUAUGUUCAAUCAUAGUAUUUUAUAGCAUAUUCUUUUUGUGUUGACAGGGUCAUACUGGCUGUGUUAACUGUUUGGAGUGGAAUGAACGAGGAGAGUAAGUGUUACAACACUGUCUAUUUUUAAAACUUGUCUAUAAACCAAUUUUUAUUCAUUGGUUUUCAACCCUGCAUGAGACUUGGCUCCUGUUUUAGUGUUUUAUUGUUUGUUUUUAGUUAUUUGUUUCUAUGUUUUUAAAUUAAUUUUUAAAAACAUUGAAACUAUAUUUUACUUUUUAAUAUCUGCUUUUAUCUUAUCCAUUGUUUGAAAUGUUUUUUGAGUGUUUUUAUGUCUGUGUUGUUUUGUCUAUUUAUGUACAGCACUUUGAUUAGCUGUGGUUGUUUUAAAGUGCUUUACAAAUAAAGUUGAGUUGAGUUACAACACUUAAAUUUAGCAUAAUUUAGACACAUUGUAAUGAACAUGUGAUCAAUAACUGGGUUGCAUCAUAGUUUUAGUCACAUUAUAUGCACUUUAUUUGGAGUGAGGACCUGAAAUGGAGAGUUGAUUACGCUCCUGUUCUUAUCUUUCUAGUUUAAACAUUGAUGUAUUUCUGCUUAAUGUGAAAAAAUCAUGCAAUGCUUUAUUACUCUGUUGUAGACUGUGUUCGCCUCUUCUAUUUGAAACCCUUCAGUGUUCAUUAAAGCAUUGAUUGAAAUCACAAUAAAAGAUAAUUACAUUAAUUCAGAAAAAAAGAUACAAGAAAAAUCCUCAAGCUGUUGAUUCAGCUAACUGCAUUUCUUAUAGUUUCUCCUUGUACUAAACAUAUAUUAAUAUAAACAUAUUAUUAUAUAUAAUAAAUAGUUGUUAAGCUCAUAUUUUAAGAGUUUUAAAAACACAAUGAAUAAAGAACUUGUUGCUUGACUUGAUCCCUUUUUGUGUUCAGUUUACUGGCCUCGGGCUCAGAUGAUCAGCAUGCCGUCAUCUGGGAUCCAUUCAGACACAAGAAGCUUACUACUAUGCACACAGGUCAUGCAGCAAAUAUAUUCUCCGUAAAGGUAAGGAGGACUGACCAGAAGUGUGAUGUUGUAAAUUGUGGUAGAAGAAGGGCUGGGGAAAUUUUUACUGAUUGAAUAUAAAGGAAUGAUGAAAGUCUAGUAGAAGCAGAGAAUGGACUAGGAUAAAGCUUGAAGGAGUAUCAUCAUUUUUUUUUUUUUUUACUUUUGCUGUACUCUUCCCAAGUCCAACUCAGUACCACACUUGAAAUGCAUUUUAGAGGUUAUAACAUAAUACUCUCUUACAGAGCUCCUUCCACUGUUUCUGAUUUAAAAAAUAAUAAUUAAAAACGUUACGCACAUUAGGGGGCACUGUUGACCAUUAAGUGAAUUUCGAAAGCAGCUUUGUACUUUUUACAAUAUGUUGAAUCUGAUUGAGGUCUAACGCAGAAAUAACUACAAGGGAAAAUCAUUGCAGCCUUAGGCCCGAAAGCUUGGUGAUGUUAUCAGAUAGUAAAAGGGAAAGGUUAGCAUUUCCUUGUCUUCAGUGUCUUCAAUCAGACAAUAUUCCAUCAAGAUAGAAAUAUAGAUAUAGAUGAUAAGUUAGCCACGUAAACACUCUGACCUACCUUGGUCAUACUCACAGUUUAAGUUCCUAAUAUUAAAGCUUUUAAAUCUGCUGUAGCUUUAUGUCCCUAACAAUUUUUUAUGUUGUUUCUUGUCUGUUCACACAGUUCCUCCCUCACUCUGGGGACAGGAUCUUGGUCACUGGGGCGGCUGACACGAAGGUCCAUGUCCAUGACUUGACAGUGAAAGAAACCAUCCACAUGUUUUCUGAUCAUACCAACAGAGUCAAACGCAUUGCCACAGCACCCAUGUGGCCGAAUACCUUCUGGAGUGCUGCAGAGGAUGGCAUCAUCAGGUUUGAAACCAGAAGUUUAGAAAAAUGAAUUGAUCACAUAAGGCCACAGUUAAUAUUCAAUUUCCAUUUCUGAUGCUCAUCUUAGGCAGUACGACCUGAGGGAGAGCAGUAAACGCUCUGAGGUGCUGAUUGAUCUGACAGAGUUCUGCGGUCAGCUAGUAGAGGCAAAGUGUUUGGCUGUCAACCCGAGGGACAAUAAUUACCUGGCUGUGGGUGCCAACGGACCUUUUGUCCGCCUAUACGACAUUAGAAUGAUUCACAACUACAGGUCGGUUACAACAUUCGUUGGUUGUUCGAAUGAUUCUCAAAUCACUUACGUGGGUUACAUUAGCCAUUCCAGGUUUCAAUUAACCACAUUUCUUUGUCCUUUCACAGGAAAUCUAUGAGUCAGAGCACAUCAGCCGCUGUUCACACAUUUUGUGAAAGGCAGAAACCCAUUCCAGAUGGAGCUGGACAGUAUUAUGUUGCAGGUGCGUACAUGGUUGAAUUGGUUUCACAGGGUAGAGUAAUGGCACAUGGAAAUGCCCACAUUGUAGGAAAGUGACUCCAGAGGAUGUGUUUGAGUAACAUCACCUUGUGUUGAAUAAUACCAGGGCACCUGCCAGUGAAACUCCCAGACUACAAUAACCGCCUGAGGGUCCUGGUGGCCACCUAUGUCACCUUCAGUCCAGAUGGUACUGAGCUGCUUGUUAACAUGGGUGGUGAACAGGUAAUCCUUAAAACAGAAAAUCCAUGAAUGUGUUCUUGGCUUCUUUUUCAGUGGUUGAGCUUUUUCUUCGAUUUUCUUUUGUCCCUUGUCUUCUACCAGGUGUAUCUGUUUGACCUGACUUUCAAACAGAGGCCAUACACAUUCUUGCUUCCAAAAAAGUGCCAAACAUCAACAGGUGGGUCUGCACCAUCAGUACUGAAAAACAUGUUGAAUGGCCCCUUAUAGAGUUAUUUAAAGUCUUUAAUAUGUUGAUAUAUUUAAAACUUUGUCUUCACAGGAGAUGUACAGAAUGGAAAGACAACCAAUGGUGUCUCGAAUGGAAUCCACUUGCCAACUAGCCAUAUUCACUUUUCUGAAAAAAAGAUGCAGUCAAGGUGGUUUUCUUUUCACCCCGAUUGUUUGUGCACAAAGAUUGAUGUAUAAUGAUUUGGGCGUGCAGUUGCUUUAAUGACACUUUUUCUGUCUUUGCUGUAGUUCUAUGGAGCUCCCUGCACAUUUAGAAAAGAUAAAACAACAAGCCAAUGAUGCGUUCGCUCGGCAGCAGUGGACGCAGGCCAUUCAGUUGUAUAGUUUGGGUAUACAUCAUGCCAGCUGCAAUGCCAUGCUGUAUGGGAACAGGGCUGCAGCCUAUAUGAAACGCAAGUGGUACGCAUCACUGUAUCAAUGCUUGGAGGGAAUUCAUUUUCUUCUGAGGGCUGCAAAAGGAUUGAUCAGUUUUUACUAUUAUAUGUGUUUCACAGGGAUGGAGAUCACUACGAUGCCCUCAGGGACUGUCUGAAGGCACUCACUCUAAACCCAGGUCACCUUAAGGCUCAUUUCAGACUGGCACGUUGUCUGUUUGAGCUGAAGUAUGUGGCUGAAGCUCUGGAGUGUCUGGAUGAUUUCAAAGGAAAAUUUCCAGAGCAGGCGCACAGUAGUGCCUGUGAUGCCUUAGACAAAGACAUCAAGGCCGCUCUCUUCACCAAGUCAGAGUCAGGUACGAUAGAGUGACGUGGGUCUUCUCUGUUAAAACAAUAACAAUUUGAAAUGAAAGAAAACACAUGAAUAGGUUUAAGAGUAUUUGAAUGAAUUUACGGUAAUAAGUCUGAUAUUUCUUCACCAGCAGAUGAUAAGAAAGCAAACAGCUCCAUUCGAUUCCACUCCUUCAGUCGAAAGGAGUCCAUCCCUGAAGAUGAGCUGGUGUUGAGAGAGCGCAGCUUUGACUACAAGCACAGAUACUGUGGUCAUUGCAACACUACCACUGACAUCAAAGAGGCCAACUUCUUUGGAAGGUCGGGUUAAGUCUCACUAGGGGGCAGUCAUGAGCUGUGGUACAAUAAAACAGUGAUCAAGCAUAGCAAACUUUACAAUCUACAAAAAAGAAAGCUUUUAAUCUUAGAUGUGAUCUCUCUUAAGACAAAUAUUUUAUGGUAUACUGCAGGGCAUAUCAUUUUAAAGGAGGGUGAUUAAACCCUGUAUAAUGUGCAUAAUUGCCCUCGACACUGGAGUUUCUUACACAGCCAUAGUGUGAUCCAAAUCAAUUUGCAUGAGAAGGGAAACAGUGAUCAUUUCUACAUAGUUAUGUGAUUCCUGAAUGAAAAGUCACUUUGUAAGACCAUAGCUGGCUCUUCAGGUCUAAAUGGCUUCCUUUUUGUUCUUAUAGCAAAGGCCAGUACAUCGUCAGCGGCUCAGACGACGGCUCGUUUUUCAUUUGGGAAAAGGAGACGACUAAUCUUGUGAGAAUCCUACAGGGAGAUGAGUCCAUAGUCAACUGCCUGCAGCCUCAUCCCAGCUACUGCUUCCUGGCUACUAGUGGUAUUGACCCUGUUGUGCGGUUAUGGAACCCUAGACCAGAGGUAAUGAAGUGACACACAGGUGUUCUCAUACCUGUAUUUUACAGUGCAUUUUGGUUUGGUUAUGCAAUUCUACAAUCAUUCAAAUUGUGGGUAUUUCAAACUACAUUCACCCACAAACAGAGCUACAUUGUUGCAUAUACUUUGCUCGAGUAUCUACUCAGCCAAUUUGAUGCAUUAACUAAGACUAAUGACCAUCUGAUAACCUUUUUGAAUUGAUAUGGUCCAUGAUAACAGAGACAGACAGGCUAAGUGCAUGUUUCCAAGUUUGUCUUGAAAUGCGCAGAGAAAGCAUUUGCUUAUUUAAUGAUAAAGAAACAUUAUUAGCACUUAUGUCAGACAGAUAAAAAUCACUAAACCAGGAGUGUAUUCAACACCCUUAAACAUUCUGGAUUCUUUCUCCUCCAUUCUACUUUCUUGUAUCACAGACUGAAUGUGAAAACGUUCGGGUGGUAGAGGACAUGGAGGGUGCUGCUCAGGCAAACCAGCGGCGUAUGAAUGCCGAUCCACUGGAGGUAAUGCUGCUCAACAUGGGCUAUCGCAUCACAGGCCUGCGUGGUGUUGGUCCAGAAGGAUCAGAUGAUGAGGACAGCUCAGAGGGACAAGUUCAGUGUCGGCCAAGCUAAGCAGAGUGCUGAGUGCCUGCUUUUUCGAUUGAAUGGAUGUAGGAAGCAAAGCACUCGCCCAGCUCCUGUGUGAAUCUUAAUUUCCCCCCCAGUCUGACAGAAACAAUAAGCGAAUGUCAUGUCACAUCUCUGCACUAUGCAUCGCCCUCCCCUGUCCAAAGAGAGGACUGACGGAGAUCACUUUUUGGGGAGAGGAAUUCAUGGAGGAUGGAGAAGACACGCAUCUCACCCCUUCAAUGCACCAAUUACACCUCAGCCUCUCCCUCCACGCCUCACAGUGGCAGGGGGGACACCUCUGAGGAGAGCACCUUCCACAUCACUCCCCCGUUUCUCACAUAGAUGGAGGAGUUCAGCACUUGUCCCUCCUCAGGUUUAUGUUGGAGAGGCACACAACAUGUCGAAGGAGACGCCAGUAGUCAAGUGACCUAUUUUCAGGUCAGUAAGGCCACACAGCUGCAGUGUCCUCCAUGGAGGAUCAGAUCACAGAUUGGAAGAUGAUGCUUUGUUGCAUCUCCUGUCUGCUACACAGCUGGAAGGAGCUCAGACUUUUAGUGCCCGCUCAUUGCAGAAAAGCUGCACACCCAAGUCUACGAUCCUGAGUUAGACUUGAUCAUACUUUCAGAUGACAUUUUGGUCACAGGAAGCCUAAAAAUAAUUGUCCAAGUUUUCAGAAGUUGUCAGUGUUGCUUUAGUGAAAUGCAUUUGUGAUUUUGUUUGAUUUAUAAUUGUCAGAAAGAAAAAAAACACUUGUUUCUUUCACCAAAGGUUUUCAUCUGUCACUGAAAAGGCCAAGGAUUCAAAUUUGUCCUCUUCAUUUCACUGAAACAUGGUUUUGGCAUUCUGUGCUCCUUUUAGUUAAGCAGUUUUUCGACAACAGAGCAUUGACAAGUUUAAUGUGAUUUUUAAAACAGCAUUUGUUAACAAAAAAGACUCUCCAAAAACAGUUUGGUUGUUUGAAAUCAAGUUAUUGUCAUUUGGCAUGAAAUGGUGGAGUGAAAUUUCUUUUAGGUAGAUAUGGGACACAGAUGCUCAUUUGUGGUUUAUGACAUCUAAGACAGUGGUGGCAAUAGACAGGAACUUGAUCGUUCCUACCUACUAGCAGGUUGGAGUACUUGUCUUCUGCAGUCAGGGUUCAGUCCUUCUUGCAUGAAGCUUCUCUGACAGUAGUGGUGUGCAAAAAAGGACACAGAGCCAUCCUUUCCAUUGCACAUUAAACCGUUUAUUUUCCCUUGUGAAGGGUUUACGUCCAGAAUGAGUUCUGGACAUGCAACACUAGGCUUCCAUUUGUUUUAUGUUGUUCAUUAAUUUGAGAUUGUUUUCUUUUUCUUUGAGAAGUCCAAUAAAAACCUUUGUUGAAAACAAAGCGAAAAAUAAAACGAUUGAACACCUUCCUGUCUGUUUUUCCUUGCUGUUCUUUUUCAUGGAUACAUGAUAAAUUAUGUGACCUCACAGUUACACAACAGAUACAGAAGAGGUGACAUGGUACUAAUUAGGUACUGUAGGUGAAAUGUUGGAAUUGUGUACAUUUAUCAGUGUCUACUUAACCCCCUGCUUUUGCUGACUAGACAACAAAAUAUAAGCACAGUGUAAGAAGCAUGAGUACUCUGGGGAGCGUCUCAUGCCCCAUAAAAUCUGUAAAAUGAGGUGACCCAGCUUUUGGAGCUGUGCAGGUUAUGAUGAUGAAGCUGGCUGAGUGUCUAAGCUUAGGUACCACACAUUACUUAUUAAAUGACUUCCAAACC